GGUCUCACUGUCAUAAACCGUAUAACCAUUCAUUUAAUAGAUAAUUCAUUUUCUUACACCUAACUUAUCUCCAAAUCUAUCCAACAAACUUUUAUUCAUUUCUCUUCUCAUACCUUCAAAUGGCUGAUGCUUUACUUGGAAUCCUGAUUCAAAACCUCGAAUCCUUUGUUCGACACGAGCUUUCAUCCAUUUUGGGUGUUGAUGACUUGACCAAAAAGCUAUCCGGAAAUCUAACUGCAAUUAGAGCUGUUCUCAAAGAUGCUGAAGAGAGGCAAAUAACAAGCCAUGCUGUCAAAAAUUGGCUGCAAAAACUGUCUGAUGUCGCUCAUGUUCUUGAUGAUAUACUGGAUGAUUGUUCAAUAACUUCAAAACCACAUGGAGAAAACAAAUGGACCACCCGUUUCCAUCCUAAGAAGAUUCUCGCUCGUCGUAACAUCGGAAGGAGGAUGAAACAAGUUGCUGAAAAGAUUGAUGUUAUCGCUGAAGACAGACUGAAGUAUGGAUUACAAGUGGGAGUCCCAGAGGAACACCUACAAGGAGAUGAUGAAUGGCGCCAAACUACCUCUGUCCUUGCUGAACCAAAAGUAUAUGGAAGAGACAAAGAUAAAGACAAGAUUAUCGAGUUUCUUCUUAACGAUGCUAGUGAUAAUGAGGAACUCUCUGUCUAUUCCAUCGUUGGCCACGGUGGAUAUGGAAAAACAACACUUGCUCAACUGGUCUUCAAUGAUGAAAGGGUAAAUACACAUUUUAACUUGAAAAUAUGGGUUUGUGUUUCAGAUGAUUUUAGUAUGAUGAGAAUUUUGGAGUCCAUUAUAGAAUCUGCUGAUGGAAAAAAUCCAGAUCUCUCGUCUUUAGAAGCAAUGCAAAAAAAGGUUAGAGAAAUUUUGGAAAGCAAAAGGUAUUUACUUGUUCUUGAUGAUGUGUGGAGUGAAGACCAAGAGAAAUGGAAUAAGUUGAAGUAUUUGUUGCAAUGUGGAAAUGGAACGAAAGGGGCAUCUGUUUUGGUCACUACUCGACUUGACAUUGUUGCGUCCAUUAUGGGAACGUAUCCGUCUCAUCGUUUGGCAGGUUUAGCUGAUGAUGACAUCUGGUCUUUGUUCAAACAAUGCGCUUUUGGACCAAAUAGAGAGGGGCGUGCAGAGCUUGUAGCAAUAGGCAAGGAGAUUGUUAGAAAAUGUGUGGGUUCGCCUCUUGCAGCCAAAGCACUAGGAAGCCUUUUGCGCUUUAAGAGUGAGGAACAUCAAUGGCUUUCUAUAAAGGAAAGCAACUUAUGGAAUUUAUCCGAUGAUAAUCCUAUCAUGUCUGCUUUGAGACUAAGCUACUUUAAUUUGAAAUCAUCACUGAGGCUGUGUUUUACUUUUUGUGCUGUUUUUCCUAAGGAUUUUGAAAUGGUGAAGGAACAACUAAUCCAUCUUUGGUUGGCUAAUGGAUUUAUUGCUUCCAGAGGAAAUUUAGAGGUGGAGCAUGUUGGUCAUGAAGUGUGGAAUGAAUUAUACGCGAAGUCGUUUUUUCAAGAAGUCAAAACUGAUGAAAAGGGUAAUGUUACUUUCAAAAUGCAUGAUUUAUUUCAUGAUUUAGCUCAGUCUAUUAUGGGAGAAGAAUGUCUCGCUUCUGGGGCUGAAAGCUUGACUAGUUUGUCUAUCAGAGUUCACCAUAUAAGUUGUUCCGUUAUUAAUUUUUAUAAGCCAAUCAAGUACAACACCAUCCCUUUCAAGAAAGCUGAAUCAUUACGAACUUUUCUUCAGUUAGAUGUUCCUUUUGAAAACACAGGUUCAUUUCCAUCAAUCACUUCUCUUCGAGCAUUACGAACAAGUUGCCCACAACUUUCGGCACUAAAGAGUUUAACACAUCUAAGGUAUUUGGAACUUUUUUAUUGUUUCAUCGAAACCUUGCCUGAGUCUGUUUGUAAGUUGCAGAAUUUGGAAAUACUAAAAUUUGAUAAUUGUCUCUAUCUAUCAAGUCUACCCAACCAAUUGACACAAUUACAAGCUCUCAGGCAUCUUGUGAUUAAAAAUUGCGAUUCAUUAGUAUCAACGCCUUCCAACAUUAGUAAGUUAACCUGUCUAAAAACAUUGAGCAUUUUCAUAGUGGGUUCGAAGAAGGGAUUUGGUUUAGCAGAGUUACGUGACUUGCAACUAGGAGGGAAGCUGCACAUCAAAGGCCUUGAGAAUGUGUCAAGUGAAUGGGAUGCUAAAGAAGCUAAUUUGAUUGGUAAAAAGGAGUUAAAUCGCUUAUACCUGUCAUGGGAUAGUUAUGCUAAUUCACAAGGCAUUGAUACUAAUGUUGAGCGAGUACUUGAAGUCCUUGAGCCUCACACAGGUCUCAAGGGUUUUGGGAUUAAGGGAUAUGCAGGAAUACAUUUUCCCGAUUGGAUGAGAAAUAUUUCUAUUUUGGAAGGCUUAGUUGAUGUUAUACUCUACAACUGUAAAAACUGUCAGCGGCUUCCCCGACUUGGUAAAUUACCUUAUUUAACCACUCUUUAUGUAUCUGGAAUGAGAGAUUUAAAGUACAUUGAUGAUGACUUAUAUGAAUCUACAUCGGAGAGGGCUUUCGUGUCAUUGAAGCGAUUGACUCUGCGUGGUUUACCUAACUUAGAGAGGAUCUUAGAAGCUGAAGGUGUAGAGAUGCUACCACAACUUUCCUACUUUAGAAUUUCUGGUGUUCCCAAGUUGGCACUCCCAUCACUUCCAUCUCUUGAAACCCUUCAUUCUGGUGGAAUAACCGAUAGGUUAUUUAGUCUCUUCCCUAAGUACUGUUCUAAAGAAAAUUUGGAUUUAUUUCCUAAGGGAAUUGUGUGUAAUAUGCAUAAUCUUAAGUCACUUUUUUUCACACUUUUCAAAGAAUUCAAGGUAUUACCUGAUGAGCUAGGCUCUCUUAGUGCCCUGGAGGAGCUUCACAUUGCACGCUGUGAUGAACUUGAGUCUUUUUCAAUGCAUGCGUGGCAGGGUUUGAUUUCUCUUCGAAUUUUGACCAUUUUGAAUUGUCCCAAAUUAAUAUCAUUGUCUGAAGGUAUUGGAGACUUGGUUUGUCUUGAGAUACUUGAAAUUGAUGACUGUCCACAACUAGUUUUACCAAGUAACAUGAACAAGCUAGUUUCCCUUCGUCAAGUGACAAUUAAGUGCUAUGAUGGAAACAGCAGGGUGCUACAGGGUUUAGAAGUUAUCCCCUUCCUACAUAGUUUGACUCUAUCAUUCUUUGAUGACUUGCCCGAAUCAUUGGGAGCCAUGACUUCACUUCAAAGAAUACAAAUUAAUUUGUGUGAUAAGGUAAGAUGGCUACCAAAUAGCUUUCAGAACCUCAAAAACUUGCAUACUUUGAUUAUUGUUGGAUGCCCUAAGUUGGAGAAGCGAUGCAAGAAAGGAACUGGGGAAGAUUGGCACAAGAUUGCUCACGUUCCUGAAUUGAAGUUUCCUGCAAAAGGAACAAACUGGAGGAAUGAACUUUCAAGAUCGAAGAUGGAUUCUGAAUUGGGGUACUACUACGGUCUACUUUUAGAUAAUGACUUUAGCCUGGUAGUCGAUACAUUUUGAAUGCACCUAAUGGCAUAAGGAUAACACUCCUUUAUGACAAAAAAUGGUUUUUACUGAAAUCUGCCGAAGAAAUUCUAGACACAUGGAAAUAUUUCUCAGGCUGAAUGAGUAAUUCAAAGUCAUUUUCCUUAUUCAAGUUAGACAUUGGAAGGAAUGAGUAAUUCAUUAUCUUCAUGCAAUGGAGUGGUUCUUUGUAAUUAAUUUAUGCUUAGGAAGAAUCCUUAUAUUUCAGUUUUAACUGCAACUAAACUAUCUUAUGCAAUAAAUCUUCUUGGCUUGAUUUAUGAUA